GAGGCAAAGGACUGAUGUGUGUCUGUCGGAGAGGUUUGACUCUGGAACUGAAUAUUCAGCUGGAAAAUGGACACGCUGAACAAAUUGAAGCAGUUUGACGCGUAUCCCAAAACUCUGGAGGAUUUCCGAGUGAAGACGUGGGGAGGAGCGACAGUCACCAUCAUCAGCGGCGUCAUCAUGUUGAUUCUCUUCAUAUCUGAGCUGCAGUAUUACCUGACCAAGGAGGUCCACCCGGAGCUCUACGUGGACACGUCUCGAGGUGACAAGUUGAAGAUAAACAUUGACGUCAUCUUCCCUCACAUGCCCUGCGCCUAUCUAAGCAUAGAUGCCAUGGACGUGGCUGGGGAGCAGCAGCUGGACGUGGAGCACAAUCUGUUCAAGCAGAGGCUGGACAAAGACCUCAACCCCGUAACCACUGAGGCGGAGAAACAUGAACUUGGUAAAGCCGACGAUGGUCAAGUGUUUGACCCGAGUACAUUGGACCCAAACAGAUGUGAGAGCUGCUACGGAGCUGAGACCGAUGACCUCAAGUGUUGCAACACGUGUGAUGACGUGAGGGAAGCGUACCGGCGGCGAGGCUGGGCCUUCAAGAGCGCAGACACCAUCGAGCAGUGUAAGAGAGAGGGUUUCACGCAGAAGAUGCAGGAGCAGAAGAACGAGGGCUGUCAGGUCUACGGCUUCCUGGAGGUCAACAAGGUGGCAGGAAACUUUCACUUUGCGCCGGGGAAAAGUUUCCAGCAGUCUCAUGUGCACGUUCACGACCUGCAGAGUUUUGGCUUAGACAAUAUCAACAUGACCCAUCUGAUAAAGCAUCUGUCGUUCGGAAAGGACUACCCCGGGAUUGUGAACCCUCUGGACGGGACGAAUGUAGCAGCUCCACAAGCUUCAAUGAUGUACCAGUACUUUGUCAAAAUAGUUCCCACCAUUUACAUGAAAACCGAUGGAGAGGUAGUAAAAACCAACCAGUUCUCGGUGACCAGACAUGAGAAAGUUGCCAACGGUCUGAUCGGAGACCAGGGUCUGCCGGGGGUCUUUGUCCUGUACGAGCUGUCGCCCAUGAUGGUCAAGUUCACGGAGAAACACAGGUCCUUCACUCACUUCCUGACUGGUGUGUGCGCCAUCAUCGGGGGCGUCUUCACUGUCGCCGGCCUCAUCGAUGCGCUCAUCUACCACUCGGCGCGAGCCAUCCAGAAGAAGAUAGAGCUGGGGAAAGCCUCCUAACAGCGCCCCCAGCUGGACCCCCUGUGCAAAUACAGACCGCGACACGCACACAGAGACUCCACGAGGACGAACUGGGUCUGUCGGGAUCGAACACUGAACUUUUUCAAGACUCUUUUUUUGUUGUUGUUGCUGGAAAGCUCAGCAGGGGAUGAACUCACCACUGUGAGGGGACGGGACUCCCUCAAGAACAGGCUUCACCCGACUCUCUGGUCGACUCAACAUGGAACCAGACAAACAUCAUGACCAGAAUCAUGACCUAUCCGACUAUACUUUCUAUUCGUAAUCAUCCUCUGGGGAAACCCACUGCAAUCUUUCCUGAGGUAAAGAAAAAAAAAAACUUGACCACCGCUCAUAUUAGGAAGUAGAGACACCGGACAUGUGGCAGUAGACUGGUGUCACCUCCUCCACAACGAACCCUGCUGUAUUCCUUCAUUGUUGCUCUUGUUUGACUCAACUAUCAUGCAAGAUGCCAGACAUUAUGACCACCCGGCUGACCACACCCCUUCACCACAUUUGUUAUUCUCUUUAUUUCCACAUAUUCCCUCCGAACCCUCUCUUUUGUUUGCCUGUUAAGUUUGUGUUGUUUUAACUCUGCACCACAAACUCAGUCACGACCCGUGAAGCAACCAGUGCCGACCUCAGCUACAAAAGCGCUGCGGGGAUCUAAUGUGAAUCACAAACUUUAUCGACAAGCCGUGAGCUAAAAGUGAGUCUGCGGGAGCGAUUCAGUGUGGAAGCACAUUCGGCUGCAGAACGGACACUUUUAAGUUUUUGUUUUAAAUUGAAGUCUGAUUGAAAGGUUUGUUGGUGGGUGAUUUUGUCUGUGUGUGUGUGUGUGUGUGUGUGUGUGAGAGAGAGAGAGAGAGAAUAUGUGUGAGAAAUAUGUAUUUAUAUUUUGAUUGUCUCUGUUUUUCUAAAUGACAAUAA